AUUAUUAAGCGGAGACUUUCUUAAUAAAAUUGCCGAAUCUUAUUCUCUCUGUGCCCAAAACAGCUUCCGUCUGUGUUUCGCUCUGACGACCGACGAUGGCGGCUGCGCGAGUUCUGAAUCGCGUCCUUCGAGGCCGCUCGAACGACUUCUUCUCUGCUUUAUCUCUGGCAAACCCUAACUCAGCUAGGGCUUUCUCGUCUCUCUCCUCUGAUUCUAAUCUGAUCCGCGCCACUCUCUUCCCCGGCGAUGGAAUCGGUCCGGAGAUCGCCGAGUCCGUCAAACAGGUAUAUAGGACAGCUGAUGUGCCAAUUGAAUGGGAAGAACACUAUGUGGGGGACCAAAUAGAUCCUAGAACUCAAAGUUUUCUGACAUGGGAAAGUCUAGAAUCAGUACGGAGAAAUGGGGUAGGCUUGAAAGGACCAAUGGCCACACCCAUUGGGAAGGGUCACCGCUCUUUGAACCUUACCCUCAGGAAAGAACUUAAUUUGUAUGCCAAUGUUAGACCUUGCUACAGCCUCCCUGGCUAUAAAACUCGGUAUGAUGAUGUGAAUCUCAUCACCAUCCGUGAAAAUACAGAAGGGGAGUAUAGUGGGCUUGAACAUCAAGUGGUGAGGGGUGUGGUUGAAAGCCUCAAGAUCAUUACUCGGCAAGCAAGUUUGAGAGUGGCUGAAUAUGCAUUUCAUUAUGCCAAGGCCCAUGGGAGACAGAGAGUGUCUGCAAUACACAAAGCCAACAUCAUGCAGAAAACUGAUGGUCUUUUUCUUAAGUGUUGUCGUGAGGUUGCAGAGAAGUAUCCUGAGAUAACUUAUGAGGAGGUUGUUAUCGACAAUUGUUGUAUGAUGCUUGUGAAGAAUCCUGCACUUUUUGAUGUCUUGGUUAUGCCUAACCUCUAUGGUGACAUUAUCAGUGAUCUCUGUGCUGGGCUUAUUGGGGGUUUGGGCUUAACACCAAGCUGCAAUAUUGGUGAGGGAGGUAUUGCCCUUGCCGAAGCAGUACAUGGAUCCGCACCUGAUAUAGCUGGAAAGAAUAAGGCAAACCCAACUGCUUUGCUGCUGAGUUCCGUCACAAUGCUGCGACAUUUGGAGCUCCAUGACAAAGCCGAUCGGAUCCAGGAUGCUGUUCUCAACACAAUUGCUGAAGGGAAGUAUCGAACAGCUGAUCUAGGUGGCAGUUCAUCAACUACUGACUUUACAAAGGCAAUAUGUGAUCAUCUUUGAAGAAUGCUUCUAUGAUUUGAUUUUUCACAUUUGUUGCUUCGUAUCCUUCUUUUUGGAGCCUUGUCUAAAACCCUCUCUAGUUAUAUCGGAAGGAGAAUAAGACCACAUACCUUAAUGGCUAUGAAGAAUUUUGUUCUCUCAGUCCCAAAGCGAAUCAGAUCACAGGUGGAGGAAUAAGAACAUGGCCUGAUUCACCAUCUCACUGGCUUAUGCAAAAAGUCCAGAAAUAAAGCGGUCCAGAUUUGGUUUCGAGGGCUGCUUUACCAGGGAUGAAGGUAACUUCAUGGUAGUGCAGGCCUAUCCUCCUCCAGUGGCACAGUAUUCUUGUCCUUGCCAACAUUCAUGAAAUAAAGGAUUCACGAUGUGGUGUUGUUCCUCCUUUCAUGUUUAUCUUCAGUGUUUUAGACAUUACAUAAUUUGUUGCUUUUUUGUUGCAGAUAGAUACUGCCUAUUAUUAAUUAAUUAUUCAUUUUCUACUGGGAAAAA